GCGGGCGGCGCCCGGCGCCCGCCUCCCCUCUCCUCCCCGCCCCAGCCCUCCGGCUCCGCCUCCGCAGCGCGGAGGCCGCAAAGCGUCCUGGGAGAGCCGGCUCGCGCCGGAAGGACGCGCGGGCGCGCGGUGGCGGCGAGGUUAUAAAAGGGACGAGGCCGGCGGCAGGCGGAAGUGGGCGGUUCAGCAGCUCCCGGCGCUGUUGUUUGGCGUUUCGGCCUCUCGAGGGGCGUUCUCUGGAGGGCCGCCGGUGCAGGCCGCAGUGACAGGGCCGCUCGCCCCUGCGCACCCCGCCUCGCUCCCGGUGCAGCGUCUGCUCGCGGCCUCGGCGGCCUGCAGGCCCAACAUGGCGCAGGAGGUGUCGGAGUACCUGAGCCAGAACCCGCGGGUGGCCGCCUGGGUGGAGGCACUGCGCUGCGAGGGCGAGACUGACAAACACUGGCGCCACCGCCGGGAGUUUCUCCUCCGCAACGCCGGGGACCUGGCCCCCGCCGGCGGCGCUCACACGGUCGAAGCCGCCGACGCCGAAAGCGGGACCCGUAAUCGGCAGCUGCAGCAGCUCAUCUCCUUUUCCAUGGCCUGGGCAAACCACGUCUUCCUCGGGUGCCGGUACCCUCAAAAAGUUAUGGAUAAAAUACUUAGUAUGGCUGAAGGCAUCAAAGUGACAGAUGCUCCAAUCCAUACAACAAGAGAUGAACUGGUUGCCAAGGUGAAGAAAAGAGGGAUAUCGAGUAGCAAUGAAGGGGUAGAAGAACCACCCAAAAAACGAGUCCUAGAAGGAAAAAACAAUUCUGCAGUUGAGCAGGAUCAUGCAAAAGUUUCUGCCAGAACAGAACGUGCAGCGGCUCAGCAGGAAAACAGGUCAGCAUGUAUGGGUUCAUCCGGCAAAUCGGAGAGCAGUGGGAACUCAGCUCGGAGCUCUGGCGUCUCCAGUCAGAACAGCUCCUCAAGCGAUGGAGAUCGAUCUGCUUCCAGCCACAGCGGCAGCAGUGUUUCCUCUCAGGUAACAGUGGGAUCUGGAAAAGCUGAAUCAGAAGCUGCAGAUAAACAGGGUUCAGCAUCAUUUGUUUCUUCAUUGUUGAAAUCUAGUGUGAAUAGUCAUGUGACCCAGCCCACUGAUUGCAGACAACAAAGUGAAUCACCUAAAAAGAGUGCUGUGGAAGGCUCUUCAGCCUCAGCUUCUCAGAGCAGUGCAGAGGUCGAGGUGCCCUUGCUGGGUUCCUCAGGAAGCGCAGAAGUAGAGUUGCCAUUAUUGUCUUCUAAACCUAGUUCAGAGACACCUUCAAGUGGGUUAACUUCUAAAACUAGUUCAGAGGUGAGUGGUUCUAAAAACAGCGCCUCGUCAGGCACAUUACUCACUCCCAAGAGCAGCUCCGCAACAAGUUCGUCACUGCUAACUUCCAAAAGCACUUCCCAGGUAGCUGCGUCCUUGCUAGCUUCCAAGAGCAGUUCCAGUGGAUCCCUGCUUCCUAAAAGCACUUCCUUAGCGAGUAUAUCCCAGCUGGCCUCUAAGAGUAGUUCUCAGAGUAGCACCUCACAGUUGCCUUCCAAAAGUACUUCACAGUCGAGUGAGAGUUCUGUCAAAUUCUCUUGUUGCAAGUUAACUAAUGAAGACGUGAAACAGAAGCAGCCUUUCUUCAAUAGACUGUACAAAACGGUGGCGUGGAAGCUGGUCGCUGUUGGAGGCUUCAGCCCCACUGUGAAUCAUGGGGAGCUUCUAAAGGCAGCAAUUGAGGCUCUGAAAGCCACGCUGGAUGUGUUUUUUGUGCCACUAAAGGAACUGGCGGACCUGCCUCAAAAUAAGAGCUCUCAAGAAAGUAUUGUUUGUGAGCUGAGGUGCAAGUCUGUGUAUUUGGGCACUGGUUGUGGAAAAAGCAAAGAAAAUGCAAAAGCGGUUGCAUCAAGAGAAGCACUGAAGCUAUUCCUCAAGAAAAAGGUGGUGGUAAAAAUAUGUAAAAGGAAAUACAGAGGCAGUGAAAUAGAAGAUCUGGUACUUCUUGAUGAAGAGUCAAGACCUGUAAACUUGCCUCCAGCAUUAAAACAUCCUCAAGAAUUACUGUAGUAUGUCCCAAAUAAAACUGCAUAUAGGAUCUGGUAUUUGAAGAGAAAAACUGGCUUACUUUUGUACAAUAUAAAAUAUAGGCUUUCACAAAUUUUUGUAUUGCUUUUUUCCAGUUUUGCAGAAAAUUUACAUUCUAGUUCUCUUCACAAAAAUAGAGGUUGUAAAUAAUUUAUGAUUGACAAUACACAUUAAAAAGUUGCAUUAACAGCAUACCAGUAUGCUGUUUUAUUUGCUGGAGAAAAUACUGUCUUCUAUUUUUAAUGAUACAUUAGGUACAACGUGUAGUUCUGUAGUCUUAAAAACUUUUGUACUAUCAAUUUGGUGAAAAUGUAUUAAGUUGUCUACCAUGCUUUUUUUCCUAGUUGAAUAAACCACAUCAAAGAAAAGGGGACCACAGUAUUUGAAUGUCUGAAAGUCUGUGAAGCUUAAGGUUUUAAGAAUGUUGCCCAUAAUGUUGAACAUGUCUGUUAAAGAAUAAAAGAAAAAAUAGUUGUCUCAGACUAUUUUUAUGAGAAGUUGUAAGCAUUUUUGAGAUACAAAGCAGUAUAAAGUACUUACUGUUAUUUUAUUCUGAAGCUGUUAAAAUUCACCAUGAUUUUCACCGCUGCUGAUUCUUUAAGCGGGUUAAUUUAUGUUUUGAGGUAAAAUACAAUUUACACUUUUUCUUAAAGACAUAAAUGUGGGUUUCUAUAUUAAGCCUAUUUUGUGACUACUAUUAACAGAUUGAUUUGUUUAGAUAUUAAAUGCUUUAAGCUAUUUUACCUUUUCAAGAAGUUGUGUUUUUUUUUCCUCCCCUUCUAAGAGCCAGUUCUUGUGGUCUUCUAAUUAGUCAAAAGUUUCAUAAAUUAUAACCAGGUAGUUUUUAUAGUGAUAGGAAAUUAGAAUUUUCACAUCUAGAACUAGAUGGUUUGUGUUUACAAAUCUUAUAGAAAGAGUGCUGGAAGAAAAGAGCUGCGUUCAAUGAGAUUGUUCACUUGAAUUAUGAUUGUCAGUAAUGAAAUGGAAUCUUGUUUCUGUGUCAGGUGAUUCUGACUGCAUUAAUCUAUUGUAUAUUUUUCUUCAGACUGGUCCAACAGACGAGGUCUUUUUUGGUCUUUGAGCUUUCUAGGAGCUUAAUAGAUGCUACACCUUGAGCAAUGAUGGUGAAAUUGCAGAGAAAUAUGGUAUUUUAUAGUCCAUUUGUAUUAGAGUGGGAAAAUGGACUAAACAUAAGUAGCACAAGUUAAAUAUGUAGAAGUUAUUCCUGUGUUUUCCCAGAUCUGAACUAAUCAGGGAUUUUUUUUUAAUCAGAUAAUCUUUAAAAACUACUUUUUAAGGGUUUUCAUUAGGUGCCAAAGCUAAAAUCCAUGUUCUAUAAAUGGAUCGCUGCUAUAUAUUGUGGAAAGCAAUAACAUGGGUGGAAUGUAAAAGCACUUUAAUUGCCUCACUUAUUCUUAGGCAAAUCCAUGUUUUGUGGGAUGAGCAUUACCAGAAAAGCAAGCUAAAAUCUGUUUUAAAAUAUUUGAGUUCUAUCUAAUAGGUAGUCUGGUAAUUAUCUAAAUUGACUUGUUUAAUGUUAAUAUAAGGGUUACUGAAAAAUCUUUUAACUUUUAGUGGCUUUUUGAUGUGCGGAAAACUGCCUAGUGUAAAAACAGACACUUCAUUUAUAAACAUUUGUUCUAUCUAAAACAUUGGAAAUACUCAAGUUAAUGAAAAUUGAAUGUGAUUUGAAAAAAUGCAUGAUUUUACAAUUUCCUAUGAUAGUGUAGUGCAGAAGACAAGCUUUGGAAUCCAUUCUUGGGAUAGAGCUCUGCCUUUCACUAGACUAAUCUCUGGGAAUCAGUUCAUCUAUAAAACAGUACUGUAGCUGCCUCAGAAGUGUGACGAUUCAGUGAGAUUUAUACAAGGGUAUUUCAAAAAGACCAUGAAAGUGGAAUUAAUGUGUUUUCCAUGAAUUUUUUUUUUAAGACCCAUUGUACAGUUAAAAGUGUAUCAUAGUGUGCAGGUGUGUCAUAGUUUACUAAUUAUUACAUAACCUCAUUUCCUUGCAAUUUUGUUCUUUUAAGAUUUAUUUAUUUGAAAGAGUUACAGCAAGAGGGAGAGCAGUGGAGAGCUACCCACUGGUUCACUUCCCAAAUGGCCACAAUGAUGGAGCUGGGCCACGCCAAAGCCAGGAGCUUCAUCCAGGUCUCCCAUGAGGGUGCAAGGCCCAAGCACUUGGGCCAUCCUCUGCUGCUUUCCCAGGCACGUCAGCAGGGAAUUGGAUUGGAAGUGGAGCAGCCCAGUCUUGAACCAGUGCCCAUAUGCAGGUGCUGCAGACAGUGGCUGAAUCUGCUACAUCACAGCAUCGGCCCUUCUUACAAACUUAAGUAGCAAUUACUGGGUCAGGUAAGGGGCUGGCAUUGUGGUGUAGCAGGUAAAGCUGCUGCCUGGGACAUUGACAUUCUACUUUGGCACCAGUUGGAGUCCUGGCUGCUCCACUUUAGGAAAUACUGGUUUUUUUUCUUUUAAAAUUUUUUUUUAAAGAUUUAUUUGAAAGGCAGAGAUGCAGAAAGAGAAAAAGAUCUUCCAUCUACUGGUUCACUCCCCAAAUGGUGCAACCGACAGGAUUGGGCCAGACCGAAGCCAGGACCCAGGAGCUGCUUCAGGUCUCCCACAUGGGUGGCUAUGGCCAAGGACUGGGUUUGAAGUAGAGUGGCUGGGACUCAAAACGGUGCUUAUGUGAGACGCUGGCAGUGGAGAUGGUGGGUUAACCUAUUGCCACAGCACCAGCUCUGGAAAUGCUAGUAUAAGAAUUCAGGUGAGGGCCAGUGCUGUGGCAUGGCAGGUGGGGCUGUGGGCUGCAUUCCUAGCAUCCCGUAUGGGCGCCUGACCGAGUCCUGGCUGCUCCUCUUCCAAUCCAGCUCUCUGCUAUGGCCUCAGAACACAAUAGAAGAUGUCCUGAGUCCUUGGGCCCCUGUACCCACGUGGGAGACCUGGAGAAGGCUGUGGGCUCUUGGCCUUGGAUUGGCCCAGCUCGAGCUGUUGUGGCCAUUUGGGGAGUGAACAAGCAGAUGGAGGACCUCUCUUGAUUCUGCCUCUGUGGCUCUGUCAGAUACAUAAAUUUUUUAAGUCUGUCCCUUUUUUUUUUUAAAGAUAUUAUUUAUUUAUUUGAAAGGUAGAGUUCCGGACAGAGAGAGAAACAGAGAGGUCUUCCAUCCAUUGGUUCACUCCCCAAAUGGCCGCAAUGGCUAGAGCCGCACCGAUCUGAAGCCAGGAGCCAGGUGCUUCUUCCCGAUCUCCCAUGCGGAUGCAGGGGCCCAAGGACUUGGGCCAUCGUCUACUGCUUUCCCAGGCCACAGCAGAGAGCUGGAUUGGAAGAGGAGCAGCUGGAACUAGAACCGGCGCCCAUAUGGGAUGCCGGCAUUGCAGGCAGAGGAUUAACCUGCACCACGGAGCAGGCCCCACGUAAAUAAAUCUUAAAAAAAAAAAAAAAAAAA